AUGCCGGGACAAGGGGAUUUGGAGAGGCAGAUAGAGCAAUUGAUGGAGUGCAAGCCGCUGUCGGAAGCAGAGGUGAAGACUUUGUGCGAUCAAGCGAGGGCGAUUCUGGUGGAGGAAUGGAAUGUUCAGCCGGUGAAAUGUCCGGUUACUGUGUGUGGAGAUAUUCAUGGCCAGUUCUACGAUCUGAUCGAGCUUUUUCGGAUAGGUGGCAACGCUCCUGACACCAAUUACCUCUUCAUGGGGGACUAUGUCGAUCGUGGAUACUACUCAGUAGAGACUGUCACGCUUUUGGUAGCUCUGAAAGUUCGUUACAGAGAUAGAAUCACUAUUCUUAGAGGAAAUCAUGAAAGCCGGCAAAUCACUCAAGUGUAUGGAUUCUAUGAUGAAUGCUUAAGGAAGUAUGGCAAUGCCAACGUGUGGAAGUAUUUCACUGAUCUUUUUGAUUAUCUGCCCCUCACAGCACUUAUUGAAAGCCAGGUAUUCUGUUUGCAUGGAGGACUUUCACCAUCUCUUGAUACCUUAGAUAAUAUACGAGCUCUAGAACGUAUACAAGAGGUCCCACAUGAAGGACCUAUGUGUGAUCUCUUGUGGUCUGAUCCUGAUGAUCGAUGUGGGUGGGGCAUAUCACCCCGUGGUGCUGGCUACACCUUUGGACAGGAUAUAGCUGCUCAGUUCAACCAUAUAAAUGGCCUCACUCUGAUUUCAAGAGCCCACCAACUUGUCAUGGAUGGUUUCAACUGGUGUCAGGAGAAGAAUGUAGUAACGGUUUUUAGUGCUCCAAACUAUUGUUACCGAUUACUUUUUGUGAACUCAAUGCCUCCAUCAGCUGUUUGUAGUUCCUGCUUGCAAGAUGUGAUGAAGGCACGAGUCUUUUGGCUUGUAUAUUUUUUCCCAAAAGGAGGAAGCAGCAAUGACUUGUCAUGGUCGAAUAAAUAUUUUGGACCCGACACUGGGAUGAAGGUUGUGCAAAUUUGA